GCAGAGUGUUUUGACGAAGUGUGCAACAGAUUGAUUUUAUAUAUUUUGUCCCCACAAUGCUCGAUGAUUUUGAGGGAUUUACAAGUGGGAACGAAACAAUGCACAAACACUCCGACCGCUGGGGUAAGCUUAGCUUCGGCGUUGGGGUGUUGGACACGUUGACCGGCGGUGGAAUCCCAAGGCGUGGAAUAGUUGAACUGGCCGGUGAUCCGGGCGCGGGUAAAACUCAAAUUGCACUAAGGCUCGCCCUCAACGUUCAGCGCCAGGUGGAAGGCUCUUCCGUGGUGUACGUAGCCACCGAACAUCCGUUUCCAUCCCGGCGUUUGCUGCAGAUGGAGAGCGAGUACAAGCGGCUCCAUCAUUCCGAUGGCGCAGUGCAGAGGCAUAAUUUCGCCGACCACAUACUAGUGGAACGCGUGACUAAUGUGCCUACUCUGAUGGCCUGUUUAUUCGAACGAUUGCCACGUUUGCUAGAGAAAACAGUGGUCAGUCUACUAAUUAUCGACUCGAUUACGAGCCCCUUUCUGGACGAGGAAGAUUAUGUCGAGCGGGCGGAAACAUUUCGCACGAUGGUACACGAUCUGCACCGCUACCAGGAACGGCACAACAUGGCCAUCCUGGUCACCAACCAGGUACGCUGUGUGUUCGAUUCUUGGCCGCUCGACAAUGCGCAGAUCGUUCCGGCGCUCGGGUUGGCGUGGGGCAGCUUGGUACACACUCGAAUUCAGCUAUCCCGCCUGACGAACACCAACAACAAACAGUGUACGGUCGUUUUCGGACCAACCAUUAGGCCGGCACACGGUUUCUUUCACAUAAACAACUCGGGUCCGGCCGAUGUGGUAAAUCAAUCGGUCGGCGAUGACUAA